AUGCCACCACCACAGAUCGUCUAUGUGGUGACAGGGCUCGGAAAACAACCAUUGUAUUUCGUUGAAAAUCUCGAAGGCAAGGGUUUUAGAAUUUUAAUGCAUGAUGAAGAAAUCGAAAAGAUAAGCACGGUAUACCUAAGACGAGCAGGAGCCCAGUACGACCCAGUACAAGUCAAAUAUAUGAAUGGAGACCUCCAAACCCCAAACGAGCUCCGGAAGCAGAUUGAGCUUGCAGUAGGAGCCAUCUGGGAAUAUAGGGUCAGUAUUAUCAAUGAGACGGCGUAUAAAAACCUGGAUGUCGAUAUGGAGACUUCAAAGGACAUGGUAGAUGUCCUGGGAGACCAAGAUGCAGCUAUGAUGUAUGAGGCAGCGAUGGAUAUCAUUGAGGAAGGAGGGGGGAAAAAGGGAAAGAUGCACGAAGAAAACCAAAGCAGUAGAGAAGAGCUUUGGGAUGCAUGGAUGAAUCCGAGAAAGAUUAUACAACCCGGGAAAAAACAUAUUAUCGAGAAGUUGGUUACGAGACUAAGCUCAAGUAAAUGGGCUACGAUAGCCAAGGAAGAAAUUCGACAGGGCCUGAUGGCAUCCAGACAUGCACCGACACGCACCAAAGAAGAGCGAGAGCGAAGAGGAACAAGGCAGCUCACGACUAUCACGAUAAGCAGCCAGAGCUCGAGAAGGAGCACACCGGCAUUGGAAGAGCUCAAGAAAGAGGAAUUGCCUGACUGGGCAAUGGCAAUGAUCGAUACUAUCAAAGUUGGCGCAAAUCUCACCCCCAUCGGCGAGAAAAAACCAGAACCAAGUAACCCAAUAAAGAACGAGGAAAACUGGAAGAAAAUAGGGGAAGACCGCAGGAAGAAGCAGCUGGAACGCAUUGCAGAACGAAGAGAGAAAGUGAGAAAGAAAGAGAUUAUUGUGGAGGUCAAAAAGAGCGGCCCAAAUGAAGCAAACAGCGAACAACAACCCCCAAAAACAGCGGAAGAGCUAAUACAGGGGCUAGGAUUGGACAAGGAACAGGUCGCUAAAACCAUGAUAAUCUCAGACGAAACCGGAAUACCAAAAACCUUGAUAGUAGUCUUCAAGAGCGAGGACGCGACGGAAAAGGCACUACAAGAAAAGAAAGCGGAUACAGAAUUGGAAAAAAAGCUCGAGAUAAAAAGAAAAGAAGAAGACUGGGCAGGCAUAGUUGUGUACGGGGUAGAUACACAAUCGGAAGGUAAAUUCGAGGAACUUAAGAAUCACAUCGAAAAAGAGAACAACAUCAGUCUUACAAAAACCCUCCGCUGGAUGAUCAAGGUGGAUACAAGAAAAACAGGCAAACUAAACCUCGUGAUCAACUUGGUUACAAGAAAGAGCACUACACCAGGCAAUAUAUCACCAGAGGAGCAGCGAAGGAACUCCAGUACACAACAUGUUGUGAAUUUGGAUACUGGUGGGCAAUUUGCCGAGCAAAAAGGGCGAGAUGCGGCAUAUGCAGAAAGGAGGAUCAUCGGAAGGACCAAUAUAAGUACGAUGAAGAAAUAUGCAUUUCCAAGGGAUGGUGCAAGAACCGCAGACAAUUUUAAAGUGUGCAAAUUGGAAGGGACUCCACGGAGCCCGAUCUAA